GGCGGCUUUAGUGGUACAGAAAUUUAAUCAACUCUCAGCAAGGUUAUUGGUGUUGAUUAAACUUAAAGUCAUUGUUGACUAUAUCGCUUUUCAUCAACAUCAUAUUCUGGUCGCGAGGUUAGUAGUUCAAGGUGUUAUGGAUGCAUGUUGUGAUAUACUUACAAUUUUCUCUUCUAAACAGUGAUUAUAACGUUUAUACAGGCACAACUACAUAUCUGGUGAGCUUUAGUAAUGCCUCAGGGAGUUAGCACUUAAAGCUAACGUCCUUAGUGUUAAGAGAAGUCCAUCAAUCAGAUAUUUGACUUGAGGAUUUGCACCGCGUUAAUUAUUGAUUGCAAAAUAUAUUUAUUACAGUGAUUUUUAAAAUGUUGGCCAAAAGAGAUCCAAAAUGUGUCCUUACUAAAUAACGAAAUAUCUUAACUAUUGUGAAAAAAUACAUGUCACCAUUGACCCCUAUUCUAGACAAUGUCUUAUAAAUUCGCAACUUAUCAGGGUUAAAAGAAAGUCUUUCGAUUAAGUUUGUGGACGGAGUUAUUUGGGGUAUUUAUCACAUGUUUUGUAGUUACUCAGCCAUUCUGCCCAUUUGUUUACCGAGGGCAAGUUGAAUUAAUAAAACUAAGGAUAUUUAUUCGUAUACUUCGCCAUUAUAUACGAAAGAUAUUCAAGUAUGAAUUGCACUGAAAACUUAGUGCAAAUGAUCUUCAUCAAAGCUAAACUGUUGAUAUUUUUCAAAUUUAUGCUUGCUGACACUAUAUACUAGUUAUGGCCAAUACAGGAAUGUGGACUGUGGUUUUUUUCGGUUGCGCCAUCUUAACCUGGUUUGAUUUCUGGGGAUUAAAAAGCAGCAGCAAUUCAGAGAAAAUCAUACCAACUCUAAAGAAACCAACAAAUCCACUUCCUACACUUCAGUUCAUGUUUUGCGUUUCCUGAGGAUAUCGGCGGGUGUUCGAGGAGAUGUCACGGAUCGUCUUACAAAAAUAUCCAUCUUUUAUUAUAGAAGGCGAUACGUAUCCUCCACCCGCCUGGCGAGCUCACUUGGCAAAAUCCUUACAAUUCCUCAAAUAUUCCGUUAUUCUUAUGACUGUGUUUAAUUUCGACCCCUUUGGAUAUCUUGGUUACCCUACUCCUAACUUUGUCUCAUAUGCCAUACAAAAUAAAGUUUCUUUCUGUCUGAUGACGUUUCUACUUGGAAAUAUUAUUGAAGGACAGUUGCUAUCUACAGGCGCUUUCGAAAUAUACUUAGAUGAUAUCCCAAUCUGGUCGAAAUUGUACACAAACCGUAUCCCUCAACCAGAAGAACUUCUUCACAUAAUUGACAAUCACGUAAAACUUCGAGAUUCGACAAAGACAAUACAAUCCGUCGGACCACCUAUGUAGUAUUUAAUGCAUACUACUGGCUUUCAUUUUCUUUACUGAUAAAAGCGCAAGGUCGUACCAUAUUUGAGCUUUUUCUGGCUUUAUGACAGUUUCCACAUCAAUCUCUGUUUAGAGAAUGUGGUUAACUUGAUGCUAACCCGUUCUAGUUCAAAUACGUCGACUAGCCUUUUUACCUUUAUUGUAUGUGAUGUAUUUUUUAAAAGUUGGCUGCCUUUAGUUAAACUUGUUCCUUUGUAUAUUGUUGAACAAUUUCAUUAGUGUAAAGUGAUAUUCAUUUACUUGUGAAAAUAAAUGCCUUGUAAUCGUCCCG